CCUACAUAAAGCCUGUGCUAACCACCAGAAGAGAGAUUGGCUGUCUUGAGCCAGAGGAAGGUUGGUGGCUCUGCUGUGGGCCUCAAUGGGGCUGGGCUGAAGGGGGUCCCCUCCCCAGAUACUCCCUCCCAGUGGGGCUCUUUUACCUGCUGCCAGGUCCUGGGAACAACAUCCUGCAAGGCCUCCCUGAUUGCUGAUGCCUCUGGAGGCAAAAGGAGAAGUAUGAGCAAGAGUCUUUUCUCCCCUCAGGGUCCCCCUACACAGAAACAGGCGUUUUGGCCUCCAUAAACACAAACUCCUUGCGGUGGGCCUGUUUCAACAACAAGCUGCUUCCUUUCAGGGGAAAACCACUGCCCUGACCGGCAAAAGGAUCAGCCUCAUGAUAAGAGAUCCAUUGGCUACUAGUUUAUUCCUGGUUUUACAUUAUUAUAGUUGCUUAUUUUCAUCCUGAGCAUUGCUUCAGGCUCUUUCCAUUGAAGAGGUAGAACAUGGUAAUAAAAGUUUAUCUGAAAUAAAACUUGUUAAAAACCAUUAAUCACGGGUGCCUUGCCCCUUGGGCACAGCUUAAACAAAUACCAUUGGUAAAUGUUGGAGUUGUAAUUCUGUACAGGCAGAUUGAAAGCAUAUCUUUUGGUUGUGCUGACAUCUACAAUCUUUUGGAAAAGCUGGUCUAUGUGAAAUAAGAUAAAAUAUCCCUUUCAGCCCCACAAAUAUUAUUUUAGGGCAUUUAAAGGGUUUAUUAAAAUGAGCAGAAUGACCCAAGAUGAUCAGCCUCUCACAAUUGCUUAUAAUUGCAGAUGACCUACUCUUCAAUGCAUUAUUUCAGAAAUCAAUAAAUCCCCACAUCACCUGGGUACUUCUGCUUAUCACCCAGAUGCCGCCGCAUGAGCCUUUGUGGCCUCCGCCCCAUGGAGGUCAGAUCCUGGUGGCAGACAGAGAAAAAAGAGUGGGACAGAGCAGUGCCACUGUGCCGGGUAGGAUAUGUCACCCAAUAGGCUUUCUUGGGAGGGGCAGGGCAAAGGGUUCCCUGUUAGGAGUUUGCCCAGGAAUCAUGCCCAAAAGAAUUGUCUGGAGGGUGGCUAAGAGGUGGCAGACAGGCUGUUUUUAUUGCCCCCCCAUCCUCUGCCUUCCACUGGAGUGCAUCCGCUGGAGUUUGAUUUCAGGCAGCAGGAGGGAAAGCCUAUUUGCUUUGGACUUGGAGGGAAGAGAACUGGCUACCCUCACCUACCAGCUGAGCCUUCUGUUUUUGCCAAGGCCUGAAGCUGUUGGCACUCCUGGCCACUUUGACUGGGCAUUCACCUCCCUCCACAGGACCUGCAAAAAAGACCAUCCUGAAAGGGAGCCCCUCCUGGGUCAGGAGGAGCAAUCUCUGUCCUCAGGGCUGGGGUGGGGUGAGGGUGUCACGGUCCCACCCUGGCAGCCCAGCUGGUCUCUCACCAAAUUCGCAGAUGAAAGGAUGUCUCUGGCGGCAGGUGGGCCCGGUGGCCUCCUGCAGCAAGCCCAGGUUGGAGAGGAAGGUGCAGGUGGGGGGCUGAUGGUGAGUCCCAUGCAGAUGAGGCUGGGUUCCUGGGCAAAGACAUAAGAGGCUGCCAAGGGCAUGGUGGCAAGCUGGGCAGGGCAAGGUGAGGGCCUUGCCCCCUUGUAAGAUCCGACCACAGUAGGCAAAGCGGGGAGGUAUGCCCUUGACAGAGCAAAUGAUAAUAAGCAGAAUUCUGCACUACAAGCAAAAGAGCCAGCUCUCUGCAGCGCAGUGCCCCCCACUUCCACACUCUACCCCUCAAUGUGGCUCCCCAAAUCCCAGCCUUUAACCACAGCCAGGUCAGCUGUGUAAAGGGACCUGACCUUUGUGAUAGAAACCAGGACGCACCCUCCACUCUUUGGAGUAGAAACCACUCCCCGCCUCUGCCCAGCCCUCUCUGGUGCCCCCACAGGACUGACUUACCUGUCACCACAGGCUUGGUUGGGCCCUUGGAGACCCACCAGAUCCCAGAGGGCCCUCUCAGCUGCCCCCUCCUCCUUCUCAGAGCACCCCACGUCCCUGUCUCCUCACAAGGGACCUGUGCCAAGUGCCCUCCCCAUCGGCCGCAGGCAGCCUGGGCUUCCUCAAAGGCCAAUCUUUCCUGGGCAAGCUGGUAGCAAUGUCCCUGGUGCUCCCUUGGCACAGCCUCAGGCGUGGUGACAGGCACAGCAGUCCUGCACAGGGCCCAGAGCAGCAGGGCUAAGCCGGGAGCUGCAUGUGGCCUUAGCGCCAUCUCAGUCUGGCAGGAUAAGCAAGAUGGUCCCAGCAGGGCUCUGCUUGCUCCUCUGGCUAGAAGCCCACAUGAAACACAAGAGAAGGAAGAGGCCAAGCCCUCCCGGUGUCUCUAUUUGCCCAUGAAAAUCAAGGGGGCAGCUGGGCAGCUUCCACAAACACUGGGCAGGGAAAUUUGACUCUAGGAGGAAGAGGAGGAUGGCAAAGCUUGUGGGCCAAGAUUGAGGUGGGGAGGGCACAUAGGAAUAGCUUCCAAUCUUUUUGGAAGUAGGUUCCAGUGAAAUUUGACAUUAUUUUUUGCCAUCUUAAACAGAGUGUGAACACCAUCACCAGAGAAAGCUUCUCUACUUUAUUCUCUCUUUAAAAUUUUGUAUACCAGCCUUGCCCAAGCCGGUACCCUUUGGACUACAACUCCCCUAGUCCCCAGCUGGCACAACCUUGUGAUACUAGAACUGAUGGGAGUUGUAGUCCAAAGCAUCUUCAGGGCACCAGCUGAUGUAUGUCAAAUGUGACCUUGGAGUCCCGGGCUGUUUUGCAUUAUUGCACAUUGUUUCCCUUUAAAAAUAUAGUCCAGAGGGUGAAGCAGAGCAGUUACAAUUGGAAGAUAUGGCCUCAGGAGCAUCUGUUUCUGUGCUAGAAAAAAUCUUUGAAAAAUUGGAAGCUUUGGACAAGAAAGUAGAUGCGCAAUCAGCAAAGAUUGAUAAAAAUACAGAUUGUCUAAACAAAUUAACUACACAGGUGGGACAGAAUACACAAGCAAUUGGACAGUUAACGGAGGCCUCAGUAGAAAACCGAAAAUUGGCUGAGGAUACCAGACAAAAAUUGGAAAAUUUAGAGCAAGAGGUAAGACCACUCACUAAACAAGUGGGGAACAUCAGACUUAUCUUUCUAUGAUAGAACUGCGAAAUCGUGAGAAUAAUUUGAGGAUUAGAUCAUUACAAGAGGCAGAAGAAGGAAAUCUAACUGAGUUUUUGACCAAAGAACUUUCCAAGUUCUGGAAUUUGGAAGAAAAGGACUUUAAAAUUGUGUCAGCUUUCAGACUUGGAAGAUUUAUAAAGAAGGAGAGGCCCAGGGAUUGUUUGAUUACAUUGAGAUCGAAGGAGGAAAGGGAUAAGAUUUUGGGUCUACAUUACGAAAAGUCACUGGAGGUUUUGGAUAGAAGAAUUGAGAUAUAUAAAGAUAUUCCAAGACAACUGUUGGAUCUCAGAGCCGCCUACUCUGAACUUGCUAAACUAUUAAGGAGCAACGCAAUUCCAUUCAGGUGGGAAUUUCCCCAAGGAUUAUCUUUUACCUUUAGAGCGAGAAAGGUCAAAAUUAGAACAUUGGAAGAGAGAGAUAAAUUUCUGGCUACAUACGGAGAGGACCUACAAAAAAGGAAUUGAACUACCUUCCGGGCCUGGGGCAAAGCCAGCAUUAAUACCUGCACCUGGGGAACUUGAAGAUCCAGAGAAGACACCACCCCGGGAGAAAUAACCAGACAGAUCCAGGAUGUCUCUGCAACUGUUGAGCUGGAAUAUUAAUGGUUGUAACAUUCCGGAAAAAAGGAAGAAAAUAUUUCAUAUAUUAAAAAAAGAACAAUUGGACAUUAUCUGUUUACAAGAAACACAUGUGACGAGGCUCCACAGAAAAGUGUUAAUAAAUAAAAGAUUGGGCCAGGAAUUUAUUUCGUCGGACAAAGUGAAGAAGAGAGGAGUGGUGAUAUAUGCAAAAGAGAGCCUGUCACCUAAAUUUCUAUUUAAAGAUGAACAUGGAAGGAUUUUGGCUAUUGAGAUACAAUAUCAAGGAGAGAAACUGCUGAUAUUAGGAAUCUAUGCACCCAAUGAAGGGAAAUCGGAAUUUUACAAGAAGUUGCAGGGGACAAUGCUGGAUCAUCUGGAUUACAACAACAUCAUAAUGAUGGGAGACAUGAACGGGGUCGUAUCAACUAACAUGGACAAGUCGCAAAGUCAAAAUGUCACAAAAGAUGGCAGACUACCUACAACCUGUUUUGAAAUGACUGACAAUAUGGACUUGAUCGACAUUUGGAGAACAAAGAACCCACUAGGUAGAGAAGGAACAUUCUUUUCUGAAGCCCAACUGACCUGGACAAGAAUCGACCAAAUAUGGAUUUCUAGAGGCCUGGCACCUAGGGUUAGAAAAGUGGAAAUCUGCCCAAAGACCUGCUCUGACCACAACGCAGUAAAGAUGGAUAUGACACUACUACCAACUGGAUCCUUUAGAUGGAAGAUGAAUGACAAUUUGUUUAGAGAUCAGGAAAUUACCAAGAAGGCCCAAAAAGUUUUGAAAGACUAUUUCGAGAUAAACAUGAAUAAUUCGGUGGAAAAAGAAUCGUCUGGGACGCAAGCAAAGCUGUCAUGAGGGGAGUCUUGAUACAACAGAAUGUAGUAAGGAAAAAAACACAACAUGAGACAAAAGACAAGAUCUUGGAUAAAAUAAAAGAAUUAGAGAAGAAAUUAAGAGUGAAUCCAAAGUCACAGCCAACUCUGAGAGAAAUUAAACUGUAUCAAACACAAUAUUCUAAAUUGAUAAAUCAGGAAAUUGAAUGGAAGAUUAAAUUAAUGAAACAAAAACGUUUGAGUCGGCGAAUAAAUGUGGAAAACUGCUAUCUUGGCAGUUGAAGAGAAGACAAAGAUUAAAUACGGUUACAAAUUUAGAGGUCGAUGGAAGAAACAUUCAGAAUCCAGUGGACAUUAGAAAGUGUUUCCAGAGAUAUUUUAAAAACUAUAUACCCAAGGGCCGCAAGACGAAGUCGAGAUUAAACAAUUUUUGGCAAAAAUGGAUUAUCUAAACUGUCACAAGAAAAUAGGACAACCCUGAACUCUAAAAUAACACGACAGGAGAUUGAACAAGCUAUUCAGAACAUGCAACUUGGCAAAUCUCCAGGGCCAGACGGGCUGACCUCCAAGUAUUAUAAGACACUAAAAGACUAUUUGAUACAACCCUUGAUGGAGGUUAGCAAUGAAAUUAUGGAGGGGAAGAGGGCACCGGAUUCGUGGAAGGAAGCGUUUAUCACAUUGAUACCAAAGUCAGAAGCUGAAAAGACACAACUGAAGAACUACCGUCCCAUCUCCCUUUUAAAUGUGGAUUACAAAAUAUUUGCAGAUAUUUUGGCAAGUAGAUUUAAAAAGUUUUAAAUGAAGUAAUUCAUAAGGACCAGGCCGGUUUUCUCCCAGGUAGACAUCUGUUUGCUAACACAAGGAACAUUAUUGAUAUCUUGGAACUUCUCCAAACUGACAUAAAUACAAAAGCAGUUUUAAUUUUUAUAGAUGCGGAGAAGGCCUUUGAUAAUAUUUCUUGGAAAUUUAUGAUGGGAAACUUAAAAGAGAUGGGAGUGGGACGGGGUUUUGAGAAUGGGAUUGAGGCGAUAUAUUCAGAACAGAAAGCUAAACUGAUAGUUAAUAAUGUGGUUACAGAAGAGUUCAAAAUUGAAAAAGGGACACGACAAGGUUGCCCUAUCUCCCCUUUGUUAUUUAUUUCGGUUCUGGAAGUGCUAUUGAACAUGAUUAGAGGGGACCAGUUGGUGGAAGGAAUUCAGGUUGGUCAGAAACAAUAUAAACUAAAAGCUUUUGCAGAUGACCUGGUUUUGACCUUGCAGAAGCCAGAGCCUAGUACGAAAAGAGUAUUACAAUUGAUUAAUGACUUUGGUCGGGUGGCGGGAUUUAAAUUAAAUAAACAGAAAACCAAGGUUUUGGGAAAAAAUUUGACUGAGACAGAGUCAGAACGGUUUCAGAAUGAGACGGAACUUAAUGUGGUUAAAAAGUAAAAUACCUAGGGGUAAACAUAACAGCAAAAAAUCUAAGUCUAUUUAAGGAUAACUAUGAAAAAUGUUGGACAGAAAUUAAGAGAGACUUAGACAGUUGGUCAAAAUUGAAACUUUCUUUGUUAGGCCGAAUUGCUGCGAUUAAGAUGAAUGUAUUGCCAAGAAUGUUGUUUUUAUUUCAAACACUUCAGGUUUUGGACAAAAUGGAGUGCUUUCAGAAGUGGCAGAGAGACAUUUCGAAGUUUGUCUGGCAGGGCAAAAAGCCCAGAAUUAAGUUUAAGAUACUAACUGAUGCAAACCAAAGAGGGGCUUUGCCCUGCCGGACUUAAAGUUGUAUUACGAAGCCGCAGCGUUCUGCUGGCUAAAAGAUUGGCUACUUCUUGAAGACACUGAUGUGUUAGAUUUGGAAGGGUUUAACAAUGUUUUUGGAUGGCAUGCAUAUUUAUGGUAUGACAAAGUUAAAGCAAAUAAGGCCUUUAAGAACCAUAUUGUUAGAAAAUCACUGUUUAAUGUCUGGACAAAAUAUAAAGACUUGCUGGAAAAUAAAACACCAAGGUGGCUUUCACCUUUGGAAGCUAAGGCCCGAAAAAGACCCAAUAUGGAGGCCAAAUGGCCAAAAUAUUGGGAAAUACUAGAAAAGAUGGAGACAAUUGGAAAUUGCAGAGUUUGGAGAAAAUGAAAGACAAAGUGCGAGAUUGGUUACAUUAUGCUCAGAUUAAAGAAGUUUUUAAAAAUGAUAAGAAACUAGGGUUCCAGGUGGAGAAAUCGAAAUUAGAAACAGAAUUGUUAGAACCAAAGAUUAAGAUACUUUCAAGGAUGUAUAACUUGCUGUUGGAAUGGAAUACACAAGAUGAAAUGGUUAAAUCGGCUAUGAUAAGGUGGGCACAGGAUAUUGGGCAUAAUAUUAUGUUUGAGGACUGGGAAAGGCUGUGGAGUAAUGGAUUGAAAUUUACUGCAUGUAAUGCUUUGAAAGAAAAUGUAAUGAAAAUGAUUUAUAGAUGGUAUAUGACCCCAGUCAAACUCGCAAAAAUUUACCACCUGUCUGAUAACAAGUGCUGGAAAUGUAAAGAGUGUGAAGGAACGUUCUUUCACCUCUGGUGGACCUGCCCUAAAGUGAAGGCGUUCUGGGAAAUGAUUUAUAAUGAAUUGAAAAAGGUAUUUAAAUAUACUUUCACUAAGAAACCAGAGGCUUUCCUUUUGGGUAUUGUCAGCCAAGGGGUGGCAAAGAAGGACCAAACAUUUUUUAUGUAUGCAACAACAGCAGCAAGGAUACUACUCGCAAAACAUUGGAAAACUCAAGAUCUACCCACACUGGAAGAAUGGCAGAUGCAACUGAUAGACUAUAUGCAACUGGCUGAAAUGACUGGCAGAAUCCGUGACCUGGGAGAAGAGAGAAUCGAGGAGGAUUGGAAGAAAUUUAAGAACUACCUACAAAAACAUUGUGAUUUGACUGAAUGCUGAAUAAGAUGCUAGACUAAAUAACUGAGCACCACUUAACUUAGAAGUUUUUAAGAAAAUAAGAAAAACUGUGAAAGUUUAACUCUUUAUGAGAACUAUAAGAUCAUGAAAUAUCGAAGAGAUAUAAGAAUUUAAAUAAGAUGAUAAAUUGCUGACAAAAUGUUAUAAUGAUGAAGGUGGGAGCGGGAGAUGUGAGGAAGUCCAAAGAAAAUGUGAAAUUAUGUUAAGACGAAUGUUAUACUGUUUAUUACAUUUAUUCCUAUUGUAAAAUCCAAUAAAUUGCUUUAAAAAAAAUAAAAUAAAAAUAUAGUCCAAACACACAGCAGCCUUUCUGGGGAGAAACUCCUGCUUUCAGCCUCAUAUAUUGAAUGUGCUUCUUUGGUCACAGUGGUUAGAUAGCAACAGUUCUGCUGUAGAAAUCUGAGUGAAAUUCAAGAUCUCCACCAGCACACACAACAUUAUCUUUUGAAUGUUUUUAAUUCCUGUUUUUAACAGUCUCCUAUUGUUUGACUUUUGGGGACGCGGGUGGCACUGUGGGUAAAACCUCAGUGCCUAGGACUUGCCGAUCGUAUGGUCGGCAGUUCAAAUCCCCGCGGCGAGGUGAGCUCCCGUCUUUCGGUCCCAGCUCCUGCCCACCUAGCAGUUUGAAAGCACCCCUAAGUGCAAGUAGAUAAACAGGUACCGCUUUAUAGCGGGAAGGUAAAUGGCGUUUCCGUGUGCUGCGCUGGUGCUGGCUCGCCAGAGCAGCUUCGUCACGCUGGCCACGUGACCCAGAAGUGUCUUCGGACAGCACUGGCUCCCGGCCUCUUAAGUGAGAUGAGCGCACAAUGCUAGAGUCGGACACGACUGGCCCGGACGGGCAGGGGUACCUUUACCUUUAUUGCUUGACUUUAAUUUUAAUUACCGUAACCACUUAGAUAUUUUAUUAAAAUCAAGUGGCAUGUGGGUUUUGUUAAAUAAUUAAAGUUACCCUCAAAAGUAUAUUUUCCUAUUGAUUAGUAUAAAAUGAUGUCUUCCAAAAUGUUAUGAGGUCGAUCUGAUACAAAUUGCUCCUGCUUCUCUCACUGUGCUGCCAUGUUCUCCUCCUCCUCCUCACUCCCAGGUUUAUUGCUCUCGCAUUGGCUCUCCAGUCUCACAUUUGCAGGAAGGGAAGGCUAGGAAUGCAUCUGGCUGGGGAAGUGUGGUUUGCAAAACAACAGAACCGGUGACAACAACAGGCUGGAGCUGGAGGCAGGUAAAUUUUUUUGACUGUGCUCACCUUGCUUUUAGUAAACAAGGUUUUCAUUCCCCCCCCCUCCUUUCAAAAACCUGGCAAACCUGGUCAACCACAGACAAGAGUAGAAGGAAAGAAUUGAGUACAAACACCAUUAAUGGUUCAAGAUGGGAAGGGUGUAAAUAAUAAAAUAAUAAUAAUAAUAAUAAUAAUAAUAAUAAUAAUUAAUUAAUUACCUGUCUCCAGAAUGAGACCACUUCCAGGCUGUUACUGUUUUGUGCGUGGGAUUCAAUACAUUCCUGGCAAAUUCAGGUGGUGCAGUUCAAGUGGAUUGGGCCCUUUUACACAAGAAAGCUGCUUCCAAAUAAAAAGGGAUUUUGCAGUAAGGAAAGCACUGGGGCAAUGCCUUGGAGAGUGUGAUAUAUAAAAAAAAUGCUUGAUAAGGUAUCAUACAACCGCCCACAAACAAAUCAGGAAGAAUGUUCAAUAAACAGGUUGUCUACCGAAAUCAACCUGUUGCUGUUCCUUUCUCUUAAUUAGUUAUUCUCCAUCCCCCCUGAGUUCUGGAAAACUGAGGCCCAUUGUGAACUGGGCAAUUUGUUUUAAUUUUUGAGAUACGAGUUUUCCGAUAUACCACACUUGCACCAAACAGUGGGAUUUUUAAAAAGUGAGUGUGUUGCCUCAGGCCCAUGGAGGCAGUUUGCCAAUGAAAGUACAGGACUUAGUAACAGAGGGCAUUAAUAGAGGGCAUCCAGAAAAAACAUCACCAGGUUUUCUUUUUAUAAUAAAAAUACUCGUCCACACAAUGUUGGCCUUUUUUCCCCUUACGAAAUUUUCUUUAUAUCCUUUGCUGCGUUAUCUGUAUAUUGGGGAAAUCCAGAUUAAAGCAGCUGUGGGUAGGAUUCAGGCUGCCAUUUGGAUGAGGACAAUGUGUGGAUGCACUGAAUCCACUUUAAGCUGCUGUGUGUACAUAUCCCACGAGAGGGUGCUGAAGAGCAGGACUAGGAACCGGGUGAUGAUUCCUCUCUUGGCAAUCCAGCAAAGGCUUGCGGAUUAACCCAUUUAGCCCUGGCUCUGGCCAACAGAUGAAUGGCAUCAUGGUUGGUUUCCCCCCACUUGAAUCUAGUCUGGUCGUGGGGUAUGAAGGGAGUAAUGGCCAGAGACCUGCUUGGGCAGAGUGUAUUGCUACAAAACAGGCAUUAUUAUUAUUAUUUGACUGAUGUUUUAAUGUAUUUUAAAUAUUUUGUUGGAAGCCACCCAGAAUGGCUGGGGAAACCCAUCCAGAUGGGCGGGAUAUAAAUAAAUAAAUAAAUAAUAAUAAUAAUAAUAAUAAUUAUUAUUAUUAUUAUUAUUAUUAUUAUUAUUAUUGGCACACACUUCCUAUAACAUUCAGGGCUUAGCUCAGGGAUGGGGAAAUGUUCUGCUCUUCACUAAAAUAAUCCCAGAGCAGGGUGUAGCAAAAUACUGACUCGAAAUUACAUGAAGUCAAUAAGAAGAUUAAAACAUCAAAAACCAUACAAGUCACAUCAUGGAUCCAGCGGGUAGGGAUGCCCACCUUCUUCAUCAUGAGAACAUGAUGCUGGACUAUUCACAUGCUGGAGGUUGCUGUUAGGCUCUAGUUUGGCACAACUAACAGAUCUUUCAAAAAGUCUUUGGGGAAAGUUGUCACAUUGUUAUGCUUCCAAAAGGCUGUAAUGAAAGUGGAACAGCCAUUUAAACAUGGUGAAACACCUCACGUGUAGGACUCUUUCACCUUGGGCACCAGAACGGGUUUGUUAAACUGGUUUUAUUACAUGAAUCAUGAACACUAUCCUUGGCCAGGGCGGAUACCCGCAGGGAACAGAGCACAUGGGUGGAACACCAAUAAAUUACCUGUUCUGCAUUUAAAAUAAACACCUGCUGUCACCCGCUUAAAGAGAUCCUAACUGUGCUCUUACUACACAAGCAAAAUAUCCGUUUAAAAUUCAAUGUGAGCUUUGCAUUUCCAUAGCCUUGCGGAGUUCCAGAAAUAGCUUGCUUGCAGCAUUGUCAUAUCUAGUCCUGUUGGAAAAGUGUGUUAUUUUUUUAAAAUUAAAUGUGCAAUUGCAAAUCAUGAAAGCUUCAAAUGCUGUAGUUGGGAAUUACUUUUUAAUUAAUGUUUGAAAGGUUGUUGUAUUUCCCUUUCUGGGGGCUGCAUGUUCUGUUUGCAGAUAACAAAGAUAGCAGAGGUGUUGCCUUCCUUCCUCUAUGCUAUAAAAUCUUUGGGAUACAGGUGGCACUGGGGAAGGGUGGGGUACCGAGAGGGCUAAAUGCCCACCAAUGGAAUUGCUUGCCCACCAUGUGUAAGUUAGAAAGACAGUGAAAAAGGCUUGUUUUUACUCCAGAAGAUGGUCAUCUGCCAGACCAAGCUCACCCUCUGAGAGCUCCACUUGCCUCUUUUUUUGCCCACCCUGCUGCCUGAGGCAGCUGCCUCACUCUGCCCCAAUUGCACCACCUUAUUCUCAUCACUUAUAAAUUUAUCUGUGUCAAGAUGAGCUCUUGUACUACGGAAUUUACCAUUAUACCACUAUCUAUUAAGCUAAAGGAGGCACAUUUUCACCAGUUCACGUUAUGCAGAAAAAGAGUUGGAGAGAGCAGCUGUAGCUAUUGGCAGCAAAUAAGGUGCUGGAUCCAGACAGCCGUAAGAGCAGGUCCAUUGAACUCAAUGGGACAUACUGGAUCCAACAACUUUGACAAGAUGUCGGCUGUUGCUUGUCAUAACUUCUGCAGUAGGAAUGGAGCGAAAAGAAAACUUCCCUUCUUUUUAAACAAUGUGUCUCAUUCUAAGUGUUAUUUAUUUGUGUGUCAAUCACGCUCCUCUCCCCACUGUUUCAUAAUUCUCCAUUUGGCAGGCUCUGGUAUAAGUACUGUAUGUGUUUUUCCUCAUUCUUCUUCCAGUGAGCUAUGGAAUGGGGAGUUUCAGCUGAGGCCCAAGAGAGAUCUGUGGAAUUCCCUCCCCCUUCAUAUUCUUUGACAGCCACUGAGGGAAAGGGGUAGGAGGAAGACAAUAGUGGUGGGGUCCAUCUUGGGUCUUAUCAGGCUAGUCAGAAACGAGUAAGUCACACACAUCCCAAGCCUUUAUUUCCCAGGACUCCCAACUAGGAGUUGUGUAGAAACUCUGUUCUCAUAAAGGCAGUGGCAUUCUCAGAAAAACAAAAAAAACCCAGUUUCUAUCUUUUUUUUCUUUUCUUUUUAAUAGUAACUGAAGAAUUAUGUGGGAUUGUGUAGCACUGGCCCAACAGCACAGCCCAUUCAAGGGGUGGCAUUGCUUACCCUAGGACAGCCUUUGCCAACCUGUCGCUCUCCAGAUGUUUCAGACUUCAGCUCCCAUGAACCCCAGGCAGUAUGGCCAUAUGAUGCUGGGGCUUAUGAGAGCCAUGUCCACAACAUCUGGUGGCAUCUGGUGGUGAAGCCUGCUUGAGGCUAAUGGGGUGGCCAGCUGCCAAUGCCUGAGUGUACUUGCUUGAGACAGACAUGGGAUGGUGCUUUCUGUCAGCUCUGAUCUGAGAGCUUCCCAGAGCCACUUGGUGAAACAAUUCUGGAUGAGGUGGCCCAUCACAAUACAGUAAAGCAAUUGUUAUGUAUUCAUGGGAGACAGUUUUGAACUCAUACACUAAACUACUUAGGAGCAGGAACAUGUCACCUGUGGUUCAGGAAAUUAGGAUCCAGUGGCCCAUUCCCAUGGAUGUUUUCCUCAAAGUCAAUAUAACUGUGUUCAGUGAGGUUUGCUUCCACUUAAUUCUGCAGAGGAUUGCUGCGGACGUGAUAUAAAUAAGGACAAUCAUGUAAAACAUAACUUUUUUCAGUCCAUAAACUUCUUGCACCACCAGGACUGUUUUGCCUCCAAUCUCCAAAAAGAAAAAUAUAAAAAAUAUUAAUUCGUUUAUCUGAAAACUUUGUUUCCACCAUCUGAUCAGGUGCCUUUGGUGACAAUAAACACACAUGAAUAUGACGUUCUUUCCCUCAAAGAAGUGGCACGCACACACAAUCCGGUUGCUAAUUGUGUUAUUCUCUAUCCAGCAUGGUCAGCAGUGAGAUAACUGUCAGCAUCCUACUACCUCCUGGCACCUCUAAAAAGAAAGCAGGGAAGGUGGGGGAAGAGUCACCAGGUUGAUGUCCACUCACUUUCCUUCUGCCAUGGUGUCAUCAUCAUUCCCAGCCAAGAAAGUCUCUGGUUUUGCUGUGCCAAAAAUGGGCCAGGAAGAAACAAAUUACAGUCAUGUUUUUACUUGUUGUCUUGGCUACAUGAUUUAUGAGCCUCAGUGCAGCGAUUAGAGAUGAAAGAAAACAUUCCAGGCCCAGGACCCACACAUUGCUGAGGUCUUGUGUGCCUGGCCUUCUGCAGGAGUUACUGUAAAAGCAGGGGGGAGGGAGGGGGUCAUAGGAAGUGACCCCACCCUCCCAAAAGGAAAAUUACAAGGGGCACACUGGUGAGCACAUAUACUGGGUGCCAAGUGCCUCGUGGCUGCUGCUGUAUGAAACUAUCCCUGCCUGGAGAGAAUCAAGAGCAUUUUCUAGGCCCUACUGUGGGUAACAGCUAGGGAAUUAUUGGCAUCAAUAAAGGCUACAUGGGAGAGUAAGCUACAUGCGUACAUAGAGACAUAAUUUUAUUUGUAUGCUGCCUUUCCACAGCUCUAGGCGGUUUACAACAUGAAUAUGUAAUUACAACAUAACAAAAGUCAUGAACAAUAAACAAUACAUUAAAAAAAUACACAGAACAGAACCAAACAGAACAAUGUCCACAUAAAUCACAACAAGAUCUAAAAUAAAGAUACGAAACAGCAAGAGCAAGCCGCCCCACCCCCCAAUACCUCAGCCCAAUAAUAUUUUGUGAAGCCUCAGCUUUUGUAGCUAGAGUCAGUCAGGGGCCCACCCUCCCAGGCCAGGUGGGAAAAAAGUCUGCAAGGGAGGGAUCAGGACAUCCAGGACUCACAGCCAAGAUGGAGGAGUUUGCAUGUGGAGGAACGAGAAAGUGGGCUUAAAGGUCUAGCCAGAGAAGAUUCUUCUGUAUGACGAAGUUGACAAUGGUCAUGAUCCUCAGCCCAAAUGCCAAAUUCCAUCUAUCCUUCUCUGUCAUAAGACCACAUGCUUAACUGUGAACAAGAGGGAAGGGCAGGAACAUAGUUAAGGUUGCUGCAGAAAGUGGUUGGUUUAAUGGCUGUGGUUUAACAAGCAGAGGGAAAUGCUGACAAAGGUCAGCAGCAUUAACAUCAGAAAGAAAAAUAGUCUGCCAUCUCUUCUCCUUACCUGGCUCAGUCAACCACUUCUCCCUUAUGUCCUCUUCUCCAUGACAGAAAUUUGUUGCCUUUGAAGGGCCCUGAGCACAUGUAUAGGGUUUUGCUGAUGGAAUGAUUUCUAGCAGGAUCAUGCCCCAGAACCACUCUUAUUAGUAAUAAGCCACUAUUUAUUUGGUAUGUCAGAGGAAGUUUCUGCUUUCUGCCAGAGUAUUCCACAGGAACAAGGACAGUAACUGGCUUGAGGAAAGGUUUGAUCUACUCCAUAAGACAUCAAAACACAGAUGAUAAAAGUGUAACUCUCGAAGGCGGUAAAAGGAAUUAAGCAAGAGCAUUAGCAGAUCUAUGUAGAGGAAAAGACAAAAUAGCAAAUAAGGUAGACCUCGCUGUAACCUCGCUGGUGUAAUUAUUUAGGCAUAAUUCUCUGUUCUAGCCUUCCACAAAUUGGUGUCCUCCAGAUGUUUUGUACUAUAGCUCCCACCCCCAGCUAGUACAGACGUAAGUUGUGCUUCAAAACAUCUGUAGGGUGCCUGGUUGGGGGAAAUUGUUCUGUUGCAUCCUACUUAGGGGCUUAUUGAUUUCAUGUCUGGUUUUUACAGCUGCUGCUAUCAUCUGUUCUAUAAGUACAAUUGGAUUUUUGGUUACCACUGACAUGAGCCAAGUUGGUAACCUCCAUGUUUUCUAUGGCCAAGUCGCUGUCCAUUUCAACUGGAUAAUUAUUGUGGGAGUUGUUUGCAAUCAAAGCUAACAAUGCAUACCUAUGCUAGUUAGUAAAUGAAGGGGUUAAAGACCACAGAGCUGUAAAUUACUAGAGAAGGGAUAGAUAGGUCACACCCCCUCACAUUUGGGAAUAAGUAUUGUCUGUUUCUUGUUCCUCUCCUUCUGUUGAACCAUUUAAGCUGAGCAGAUGUUUGAGACUUGGACUCCAGACUUAGGCCGCAUGUUUGAGAUUAGUGUUUGCCUUUUGUAAUCAAUAAUAUACUGCCUGUGUUGUUUCUGCUGUUGUAUUGAACAAUGCAUGAGUGAGACAUGUGUUUACUGUAAGUAAAGCAUUUAAACUUACUAAAGUUUGUGGUCUAUUCACUCUGAGAAAGCUAGAGGGAGAAGAUAACUGUAAGCACUUAACACUUGGACAUUUAAAGGUCUAAUAAGCUAUAUUUCUCACACUUUGCAAAUGCUGCAUAGAUCUGAGUUUUAAACUCUUCUGGGGGCUGUUUUGGCUACAGAGUGCGUAAAGUCCCAUGUUUGUUUUUAUUCUAAGCAGUCAGACAUUUUUUCUUUGUAGUUCCCCACACAAAUAGGACUUCAGGAAUAACUAGCAUUCCCCAGUUAUUUCCCAACAAUUAUGAUCUCGAUGGGCUUGUUCAUUUGACAGCUCUGGUCUCCCAUUCCUAUGGGUAGUUUUCAAGAUCCAAGUCCAAUCUGCGGUAAGGCACAAGACUGAGUAGGACAACCAUAAAUUAUAUUUCACUCUGCUUGAAUUUGCGAAAGGAAUGUGGAACUGGUAAGGCAUUUUGACUGGCUGGCCCUUGGUGGGACUGAAACUCCCAUGAUCUCAAAGCAGCACCUACUGUUAUGUAGCCAUCAGAGUAGGUAUCAACACUGCAGAUAUUAAGUACAGGGUGUGUGGAAGGCUUUCAGCAGAGGAGGAGUAAUAUUCAUGAAGAUCUAAGAGCUAAUUUUCAGAUAUGUUUUGAAAUAGGAUUGGUGCCUUUGAGAUGUAGCACUCAUACCUGGGCCCAUGUGAACGUUUAUAACUAUAGUAAUUCAACACAGAAUUGGUGAGUUGGGUAGAAAUAUUGUUGCUCCCCCAAAGAAUCUCAUAAAAUGGUUUGAAAGACAAGGGGGCAAAUUCAUCCCCUGCUCACUCCCCCCACCCCUUGGAGGGCUUUCCAGAAGCCCCAGAUAACAACACUCAGGUCAUCUUUCAACAAAUAAGCGAACUGCUGUAUGAAGGGAAUAGAACUACCCUACCUACAUUUUUGUUUUUAUGACUGCAGAUAAGCUGGAGCCACCGUGCAGAUAUGGAAGCAUCGUGACUGUGCGUCUCUGGCCUGUUGUUAUCUCAG